CUUAGGGUGUGGUUUAACGCUGUGUCGUCACUGGCAUCUUUUAUAGCAUAGGGCGUGGUUUAGCGGUGUGUCAUGUCUGCUUGAUUUCUUUCUUCUGCCGUAUUUGACUCGUGCAACGUUGAUUAAUCUCUUGCUCCGCCGUCAGUGUGCAGCCUUCCAUCGCUGGAUGUGAGAUCAGGCCUGAGUAGAUGAGCAGAUGAUGCGUGUGAUGUGAUUGGACCAUCUGGCCACAGGAUAGGACCGUCAGCCGUGGCAGCUUUAAUGCGGAGGGGCCGUGCAUGCGUGUGGACAGCAGCGCAGAAUCUGACGUGACGUGUCGGGCCACAGGGUUGGUUGCAUUGUGCGUUGAUGACCCCUGCUGUUUAGCUGCCUGCUCACCCCCUCCUCUCCCGCCAACCCCCCUCUUUCUUGCUCCAUCACAGCUCCUGGAUCAGCCAUGUUUGGCACAGAAUCCUCAUUGAGCAUGUUUCUCAACACUUUGACUCCCAAGUUUUAUGUGGCAUUGACAGGCACAUCAUCCCUCAUUUCAGGACUCAUACUGAUCUUUGAGUGGUGGUAUUUCAGGAAGUAUGGGACGUCGUUCAUCGAGCAGGUGUCAGUAAGUCACCUUCGACCUCUCUUAGGCGGAGUAGACAACAACUCUCCUAACAACUCAAACAGCAGUAACGGAGACACGGACUCCAGCCGACAGAGCGUUUCAGAGUGUAAGGUCUGGAGAAAUCCACUCAAUCUUUUCAGAGGAGCUGAAUAUAACCGGUACACGUGGGUCACGGGUCGAGAGCCACUCACAUACUAUGACAUGAAUCUGUCAGCACAAGAUCAUCAGACGUUCUUCACCUGUGAUUCUGAUCACCUGCGGCCUGCAGAUGCCAUAAUGCAGAAGGCCUGGAGAGAGAGAAAUCCUCAGGCUCGGAUCACUGCUGCUCACGAAGCUCUGGAUCUGGAGGAUUGUGCAACAGCUUAUAUUCUUCUUGCUGAGGAAGAAGCCACAACCAUAGUGGAGGCAGAGAAACUCUUUAAACAGGCACUCAAGGUUGGAGAGAGCUGUUACCGGCGUAGUCAACAGCUCCAACACCACGGAUCACAGUACGAAACUCAACACAGACGGGACACUAAUGUGUUAGUUUACAUCAAGAGAAGACUCGCAAUGUGCUCCAGAAAGCUUGGACGCACACGAGAAGCAGUGAAAAUGAUGCGAGAUUUAAUGAAGGAGUUUCCACUGCUCAGCAUGUUCAAUAUUCACGAGAACCUGCUGGAGUCUCUUCUAGAGCUGCAGAACUAUGCGGACGUGCAGGCUGUGCUUGCAAAGUAUGACGACAUCAGUUUGCCAAAGUCUGCAACUAUCUGCUACACAGCGGCUCUUUUAAAAGCCAGAGCUGUAUCUGAUAAGUUUUCACCAGAGGCAGCAUCUAGACGAGGUUUGAGCACAGCAGAAAUGAACGCCGUAGAAGCCAUACACAGAGCAGUGGAGUUCAACCCACAUGUGCCCAAAUACCUAUUAGAGAUGAAGAGUUUAAUACUACCACCAGAGCACAUUCUCAAACGAGGUGACAGUGAGGCCAUAGCAUACGCUUUCUUUCACCUGCAACACUGGAAAAGGGUGGAGGGGGCGCUUAAUCUGCUCCACUGCACUUGGGAGGGAACUUUCAGAAUGAUUCCAUAUCCUUUAGAAAAAGGUCACCUGUUUUAUCCAUAUCCUGUAUGCACAGAGACGGCUGACAGAGAACUUCUACCAACAGUUUUCCACGAGGUGUCAGUGUAUCCCAAGAAAGAGUUGCCCUUCUUCAUCCUGUUUACUGCUGGACUCUGCUCCUUCACAGCAAUGCUGGCACUCCUCACACAUCAAUUUCCAGAGCUCAUGGGAGUUUUUGCUAAAGCGUUCCUCAGCACCCUGUUUGCACCUCUGAACUUCAUCAUGGAGAAAGUGGAAAGUCUACUGCCCUCCAGUCUGUGGCACCAGCUUACACGGAUAUGAUCUCAUGGAAAUAAAUUGUUAUUGACUGAGUUGCCAAGUUCUUCAGAACUGCCCAUAGCCAGCAAACAAGACAAACCCAAUGAACAUAAAAUUGAAGGGAAUUCAUGUAAUGUACAACUUUACUGUUGAAACAUUUUACAGGCCUUCAGUGUGUGACACACACACACACACACACACACACACACACACACACACACACACACACACAC